UAAUUAAACAGCCAACACAGAAUUUUUAGUGCGGGGGUGUAUAUAAAGAGGGGGUGGUUUAUGUAUGCAUGUGUCUAAUAUUGGGUGGGAAGAGGAAUUAUUUUGGCUUUGGCUGAAGUAGAGACGUUUACAUGGCUAAGCCAUUACCUUUUUUUUUCUUUGCUUCUUUCGUUUUGUCUCAGAGACCCGUCGCAGCAACCAACGACUGACAGUUCCAAGAACCGUUUGUAACGAAGCGAAAUGCAACAGUUUAAUGUAGCAACACUUUGUUAUUAUGGUUGUUGCUAUUUUUCCAUUUAUUAUUAUGGGUGAAAUAGCAGCAACAGUUUGUAUGUGAGUGAGGGUUUAACAGUAUUUUAGUUGAUACAUACAGACACGCACUUGUAACAGCAGCACACACGGCCUCAACGUCUGUGUGUGUGUGUGGCUUUGUACAUAGUCUCUCUUUCUCUGUGUAUAUACAAUAUAUACAUAUAUACAAAUAUAUAUACUUCUAAUAUACAUAUGUAUAUAUAUUUGUAUAUAUAUGUGUGUGUGUGGGUAGCGCCCACCUUUACAUAACACACGCACUUUUCUAAUUAUAAAUAGACACGUUAUAGUCACACAUCUUCGUGUGUACAUACAGCUACUAUAUAUAUAUAUAUAUAUAUAUAUACAUGCAAUAUACAUACAGCAUAUACACACACACACACGGCGAGACUGACAGAUAAAGUGUAGAUCUUUAGCUGUUUUUUUUUAAUUGUCGGUCCGUUGUCAUUAAUACUGCCUCCUCUAAUUAUUAACCAUCGUUCGGAUUACGUUUUCGCCUAAACAGAUCGUCCACACAUCUCUCUUAUAUCUAUCUACCAACACACGUACACACACACACUCGUACACACACAUCUACAUACAUGUAGGGGAGAGAGAGAAAGAGAGCGAGCGAGAAAGAGCAGCAGGGGUGACCAACCCGUUUAAACACAUCGAGAAGGAACGGUUGAGUAUUGCAGAACCAUGGGUCAGCUUUGGACCAAGAUAUUCCGUCACAAGGACGUUCGGAUUAUUCUAUUAGGACUUGAUGCUGCUGGUAAAACUACUAUUUUAUAUCGCCUGAAGUUAGGAGAACUAGUUACUACAAUACCAACCAUUGGUUUCAAUGUGGAAACAAUUGAAUAUCGAGACAUCAGUUUGACAGCCUGGGACAUUGGAAGCCGGGACAAGUUGCGACCGUUAUUCCGGCAUUACUACAAAGGUACUGAUGCUGUGGUGUUCGUGAUAGACAGCGCCGACAGGGAACGGCUCGAUGAGCUGAGCUUCGAUGUGAUCCGACCAGCAUUCUUGGCUGAGGAACUUUCCUCGGCUGUCUUCCUCUUCUUAGCAAACAAACAGGAUCUGCCAGAAGCGAUGACAGUCGAAGAAAUCACAGACAAACUCUCUUUGAAGAAUUUGAAACAUAAUUGGAACAUCAUGCCGGUCAGUGCUCUGACUGACCAAGGUCUAACAGAAGCCCUCGACUGGCUGGCAUGCCAGCUUGGCUCCGUCCAGGCUAAGAAAGCUGUCUACUCCACUGUGCCACCAGCACCUGAGGAAAUGCCACGGAUGCAACGAGAGUCCGGCGACCGACUCGAACAUAGCAUGGACUACUGUUCAAGAGCCUACACUGCCAUAAAGUGCCUCUUCUUCAGAACAAGCCGCACCCAGGAUGUCACCGACAGUUGCCCGACAACAACGUCUCACCUACAGGACUCGCUACAAGACUCGCGGACAACAACAACGCCGGGCAAAUUUCAGAACUGCCCGGAGAAAUAGUUCGUUAAAAGAUAACGAUAAUAAUAAUAACGAUGAUAAUAAUAAUAAUAAUAAUGAUGAUGAUGAUAAUAUUAUUAUUAUUGAUAAUAACAAAAAUAACAAUAAUAAUAAUGAUAUGCGGUGACAAUGCAAUGCAAUCGAUGUACAGGAGUACUCGUAUGUUCAUGAACAUAUGCAAGCACACACAUACAUAAAUACACAUAUAUAUAUGUGUGUGC